AUGGUGGUAACUGGGAACGGAGCUAGGUUUCCAAAUGCUGGCAAGGGAGGUAACAUGGUGCAAUCUGCAGGCAGCACGUCACAAGAAGACGGUGAGGAUGGACCUCAAGGCAUCAAAUCUCUCCAGCAUCCUGAACUCAGCAGCCAAACAAUGAGAUACCACAGACUUCAUGGCCACCAGCAUGCAUCUCACCAUAUUGCAAGUCAAGACAAUCUCGACAGACCUGGCAUCCACUCUGAAGACUGUUGUUCUAACCAUGGCCUUGAGCUUGACCUGGAGUUGAAGUCCAGGCCUCCCCCAUUAUCCACUCCUGGCUCUUCAGACGCUCCGCUCCUCAACACUAAAUCAGCAGCAACUGCUCUGCAGUGUAGUAGGUCUCCUGAGAAGAUCACUUUGCUGGAAUCUCCCACACAAAACAAGACAAAACUGGCUUUAGAAUGGACUUUUUAUCCACGGUUUGGUCUUCAUACAUAUCAUAUUGGGAAACGAUGCAUCUUUAAUAGCACUUUCCUCCGAAACAAAACCUCUGCAUCAGAAAGGACCUUGGAAAUGUGUUUGGGGAGAAAAAAACACGAAAUUGACUGCAGAAAUGGCAUCCCCAUGGCAACCCCUUGUGACAACUGCUACAACUGUCCAGAACACAGUUUGAACUUUCACAGAUUCGGAUCAACGAGGCCAGUGGUGAAUUUUGGAUGUGAAAAGUAUAAAAAGAGAGUAGAUACAUUUAUCCCUCUUCAGCAUUUGCCACAGAUUCCUUGUGUUCCCUAUCAUGUGAAGGAGAAACAGAAGGAAUUAGCAAGGGAAAGGAAUGAGGUGAAAAAUCUAGACAGAUGGAAACCUGCUCCACCACUGCGUCAGACCUUGCUUAUUCCUUCACCGCUACGAAGAAUAAAAACAUCAUGA